AUGUUAGCCACGUUUCAAGGACGACCAGGUCGUCGCUACAUUAUCCUCUUUCUCCUCAUCGCUAUCACAUGGUUCAUGAUCCAUAACUUUCGCCCCUACGAGCGCUAUCGUACUGUGAGAAUUGGCACAUAUAACUAUCUUCCGAGUAGCUACGAUUGGAGCAAGCAACAGGUCUUCCACCCAGUUGAGGAUGUCAAGAGCCCACCGAACGGCACGUUCAAACUACUGCCUCGAAUUCAGAAAGAGCGCACCGAAGACUAUAAAGAAGAAAGCGAAACCACGGCUAGGAAAGCAGCCAUCAAGCAAGCAUUUACCAAGAGCUGGGAAGCCUACAAGAAGUAUGCGUGGGGCUGGGAUGAGCUCGCACCCGUCUCCCUCCGUGGAAAGAUGACAUUUUCUGGUUGGGCUGCCCAAAUCAUCGAUGCUCUCGACACUUUGUGGAUUCUUGAUAUGAAGGAUGAAUUCAGGGAAGCCGUCAAGGUUGUCGCCAUGAUCGAUUGGUCGCAGACUAGCGACGACUACCUCAAUCUGUUCGAGGUGGCUAUCCGCCAUCUCGGUGGCCUCCUCUCCGCCUACGAGCUUUCUGACGAAGCUGUUCUCCUCGGCAAGGCCAUCGAACUAGGCGAAAUGCUCUACGCGGCGUUCGAUACCCCCAAUCGAUUGCCAUCCCACUGGCUCUAUUUCAAGGCUGCCAAGAGUGGUACCCAGCAGGCGGACACAUCCAUGUCUGGUGCUGCGGGAGGCUCAAUGUGCCUCGAGUUUACCCGACUGUCCCAGAUCACUGGCAACCCCAAGUACUACGAUGCUACUGAGCGCAUUAAGCAGUUCUUCUAUCGCAACCAGGACAAGACCAAAAUUCCUGGCUUAUGGCCCCAUGUUAUGAACUACCGCGAUGAGAAAGUUGACGAAGCUCGCUUUACCCUCGGUGCUGGUGCAGAUUCGCUCUACGAAUAUUUGCCCAAGAUGCAUGCUUUGUUGGGUGGCCUGGAUUCUGAAUAUGUCGAAAUGACCACCAAGGCGCUUGAUACCGCUGUCAAGCACAUUCUAUAUAAGCCUCGUAACCCUGAGGACUUGGAUAUCUUGAUGUCCGGCAAUGUUUUGGCAGGAGAAGAGGGUAGCAAGCCUGAGCUAACUGCUGAGAUGCAGCAUUUGACAUGCUUUGUCGGUGGUACAUAUGCUCUGGCUGGUAAACUCCUCUCUCGGAGCGACUUCGUUGAUCUCGGCUCUCGUCUCACCGCUGGCUGUGUCUGGGCAUAUGAUGCGUUCCCCACCAAUAUUAUGCCCGAAAUCGCUCAGCUUGAGGCUUGUGAGUCCAUCACCAGCAAGUGCCGCUGGAGUGACAAGCCUGUCGAGAAGAAGGAUAAGCUUCCCGAGGGUUUCAUUCGAGUUAGAAACUCAGAAUACCGCCUGCGCCCCGAGGCCAUCGAGAGCGUCUUUUACAUGUGGCGCAUCACAGGCGACGAAGUCUGGCGGACUGCUGCUUGGCGUAUGUGGGAGGGCAUCGUCAAGCAGACCGAGACCCAAGAGGCUUUUGCUACAAUUAGUGACGUUAACAAGAAGGGGAGCGACAAGCGUGAUAACAUGGAGACAUUCUGGAUGUCAGAAACAAUCAAGUACUUCUAUCUCACAUUUGAUGAUCCCGACGUUAUCAACUUGGAUGAGUGGGUGCUCAACACUGAGGCUCAUCCCUUGAGGCGUCCCAAGGGUGAGGAAGUUGAGGCUCCCAAGAAAAAGACAACGUGGUGGAAAUUUGGCCAUUAA